GUCCCGAGGGGGCGGGGCCGAGGCCCCGCGGGGUCGCCUCAGGGCGGCUCCGUGAGGGGAGCCCGGGGCGGCGGUGACCGAAGCGAGCCCGCCCACCGGGGCUCGGCCGGUUCUCUCCCCGGAGGGAUGCGCGGGACACCGGUCCCCGGGACGCCAAUCCUGCUGUUUGCCCAGGGCUCUUGCCCCCUCAGCCCCUCUCUGCGACCGGGCGCUCCCUGCAGCCGGCCCCGCCGGCGGGGGCCGGGCGCGGUGCGGCCCCGGGGCGGAGCGCGGGCGGUGCCCGCAGCCCCGGAGCGGUGCGGCGGGGCGGCGGUACCCAUGGCCCUGCCGGCGGAGGCGGACCGGCUUGAUGGGGGCUGGCAGGAGGUCUACUCCGCGCUCCAGUGGAUCCAGUUCACCAUGGCUAUGCUCAGCGUUGUAGGUUCCAGCUCAAUUAUUGCCUACGCCGUCUUCCAAAACGCAGUGCGGUCCCCCGAGGUGCGUCCACUUUUCUACCUGAGCCUCUCUGAUCUGUUCCUGGGCCUGUGCUGGCUGGCUGGGGCCCUGCUCUACAGCUCACCCACCUCCCAGCAAGACCUCAUCUGCUACAACCUGCAGGCCACGGGACAGAUAUUCUACGUGGCCUCUUUUCUCUACACUGUCAACUACACCUGGCACCUGUACAUGGACCUCAAGGUGAAAUACAACCAGAACCUCUUCAGGGUGCCCCCCCAGGUUGUAGAUUAUGCAAGUUGUGUUGGCCGAAUAGCAACGAUCUUGUCAAGCCUGAUCCCUUUGCUCCUCAUGGUGCCGGUGUUUUGCCUGGGCAACAGCAAUAAUUGCUACCAGAACUUCAGCCAGAAGCACGGGUGUCUCCUGAUGCACACGGAGGUGGCCGAGCCCCCCAGCGAGCCCCAGAGCCCCAGCGGCUCCGUUUGCCGCGCGAUGCAUUUCUACGGCAUCGGCGUCUUCCUCGUCUCCUUCCUCAUCAGCUUCGUGGCCAUCCUGGUUAUCCUGAGCCAGGCCCGAGGACUGUACAAAAGGUUUGUGAACUCCACAGGAUUCCUGGGGGAUCAGCAGUGGGCCAUGAUUAAGAUGGUGGAACAACGAGUGGUUUUCUACCCCGUCGCCUUCUUCUGCUGCUGGGCCCCAGCUGUCCUCCUUGGAAUGCUGAAACUCACUGCUUCAACAACCAGCAAAAUCUACAUGGCUCUGCUGAUCCUGCAGGCUCUCACCGCAGCUUCCCAGGGGCUCCUGAACUGCCUGGUGUACGGCUGGACCCAGCACGCGUUCCUGUCGCUGAAGCGCGGCUCCCGCAGGGAUGUGGACACCCAGACACCGCUGCUGCGCUCGCAGAAGAAAUUCUACUCCAGCACGGCCCCCUCCGGCCCGCCCGACACCGCGGGCUGCUCCUCCACCGUGCUGUGAUGCAGCCCCGCCUGCCAGGACAGAGGCAGAGCCCUUGGAAUUCCUCCAGAGCCGCGAUGGAACCGUCCCGGGGACAGCACAGCGGGGCUGGCACAGCCAGCUCGCUCCGUGGACACAGUUAUUUAUUUGAUGGAUUCUUUCAGCGUGGUAAAUCUUUAGUCCAGACUUUCUCUUCCUGGAAAUACCCCUAGAAAUGUAGCGGCUCAGAGACCCAGUCCAGCUCCUCAGAGGUUGGGCAGAGGAUGUUUUACUUUGUUUUAUUUCUCCAAGUCGUUGCCUUUACAAAUUAACAGUAAAGCAAAAGGAGUAUUUUUCAAUCUCUGCCUUUCAAUUCACUCUAACCAUGAGAAUUUGCACCACCCUAAGAACCAAUUGCAAGGAGUGAAGAAUUGGAAAUCAGGACAAAACCUGCCUGGAAUUUCUGAACAUUUCCCUUCCCUUCUUCCUGUCAACUCCUGCUCAGCCACAAUACUCCCAAAAAUCAGCUGCUUCGACCCUGUGGAGCAUCUCUCAUGAACCAGGUGAGCAGGACUUAGUCUGAAUCUCUCUUUGCAUUUCCAGAUGUCCUCAUGAAUUAUUUACUGAGGUCCCACCAUUCUAGAGGAAAUAAACCAGAUCUUAAGCUAUGUUGAAAACAACUCUUUCUUUUCCAACAGCUUCACUUUUUGGGUCCAACCCAAAUUUUUCUCAUAGCAGGUUAGACAAGAAGAGGAAAUACUCCAGCCUUGUGUAAUUAACUUACACAACAUAACUGUGUAAACUCUGAGUAAGUCACACAAGAGCCCUGGAAGUUUGGUCAAUGACUUAUUUUCUCCUACAGUGUGAAACAAUUCAAUUUUGCUGUACUACAGGAUAAAAACAAGGUUUUCACCCAUCUUCUUCCACCUGGUCCUCCAAAUCCUCCCCUAGUCCCCAAGUGUGGCCAUGGAUGACUCGGUGUUUCUCCAGCCCCGCUUCAAAGGCAAAUAUUCCAUGGGGAGGGUGGGAUCCCUGCCCUGGCACUGGCAGGGCAUGAACCACGCCCAGCCUCAUCCCAGAGAGCCUCCUGCGCCCUCCUGGCACUGACCCCGUUUGUGGAGCCGGUGCAAUUUGUUUAAAAGGGGAUUAAAGCUUCCUAAGUGAUGGAAGAUUACCCUGGAAACAACGAUUGGAUUGCUGGUGGGCCAUCAGAGCUGGCAGUGGGUGCUGACACGUUCCCAGCGCUCCUCAGACAGCUCAGCCUUCACUCAGUGUUUGUUUGAGGGGUUUUCUUGCUGGAAGAGCCAUUCCCUGAGCACUCCCAGCGGGGUUGGCUGCUUUAAGUGCUCCCGGGAAAUUAUUCCCUCAGUCCCUUUCCCAAUCUGGAUGCCCCGAGGGUCACUCACCACCCAACUCACUCUGAACUCCUCAAAGGCACCGAGAGAGGGAAAUUCUCUUACAGGAGGGAGCCUGAGCCCUCACAACGGCCCCAUCUUGUGUCCUGAAAUGCGGGACAAGGCUGUGUCUGGUUCCUGUCACCAGGUCGAGGAUAACAAACCAUUGCAGAGGCAGGAAGGGUCCAAGUGCCACCCCAGGCUCGGUGGCCAGCAGGGUGAGGGGAGGCACUCGCUGCUCCCUGGAAAAGCACGGGGCCAGCAGGAACAAAGGCAGAGCCAUUUCUCACCACCCACCUGCAAGGAUCAGCAGCCCACAGGAACUGGUUCCCAUUUCCAGCGUCCCUGAAGACAAAAGGACUCAUCCCUCCCUUCCCUGACUGCCCUCAGGGGUUAACUGGGAGCACUGGGCAGGUGCUGCUGCCAUCUGAUGGAAAGCUGGGCUUAAAAAAGGCAAUUUUGGGUUCUGUUGCCAAGCAGAGCCCAGGAUUUCCUAGGGAUUGAUCCAGCCUCUCCUGUCAGUCACCAUUUCAUCUCAGAGCCUCAUUCCCAUGGAUAUGGAGGUGGGAUGAGGGGCUGGGGGUGGCAGAAUAAUGGAAUCAUGGAAUCUCUGAGGCUGGAAAAGCUCUUUAAGACCAUCAAAUCCAAAAAUUAACCCAGCACCACUGUGUUCACCCUAACCACAUCCCCAAGUGCUGCAUCCACCCCUUCUGGACACUUCCAGGGAAAAGAAAAGCAGGGUGGCAGCAGAAUCCUGCUGCUGUUCCCUCCCGCUCCUUCCUUCUCUCCUACAGGGAUCUGGGAACCAAACAAAAUCAGCCAGGAACUGUUGAGUUUAGUAAAAUCAUUUAUAUACAGGAUGGGUAAUAUUUACAAUGUAAUACUGAUCCAAAAGGAACUAACAGGGAACACUGAGAAGGAGGAAUGAGAACAUUUUAACACACAGGAGUUAAACAUGGGGACAGACUCAGCUUUCCAAAAGAAAAUCCAGAAGUAAUGACAGCAAAACUUCGACGUGUUGCUAUUUCCAACCAAAAUCUCUUCCACUAAUCAGGUUCUCCUAAUUUUAAUAUACAUAGAAAAGCUUCAAAUAAUCAAGUCACAGGAGAAGCCAGUUAUACAGAAAAUUUUGAAAAGGUCAAAUGAUUUCAGAGCUUUUUCUUCACUUAAAUAAAAUUCUAAAAAAAACCCCAAAACCCAACAACCUCCAGAGCUUUCCCACUUAUUUUUAGUGUUUGUACAAAGAAAUUCUUCUUUGAUCCCACACUUCCAGCUCGAGAUAUUUACAAUAUUCACAGUCUGCUAUAAAGCAUCAGUAGAUUUAUUACUAAGUCAAACCUCAGAGAAUCCAGACAAGCACUUGCUUCAACUGAAAAAUAAACUAAACACAGGAAGGAGAAAGUCAAAUGCUACUUUCAAACACAUAACUGAAUCCAUUAAAGUCACUGAACUUUGAAAUGUAAAAGAACUUUUCUAAGAGUAAAAAAAAAUCAACUUUCUUAUAGAAACAAAAUCAUUUGACCUUGAGUCUUCAAAUUGUGUUUUCUUAAUCUGUCUCUCCCCUCUGCAUCAGAUCAGGCCCUUCUUAUUUAUCACAAACAAAAAAAUGUAGAUUAAAUCCAUCAAAAGCAGUUCCUUGUGGCAAAAAGCCCUUGGAAAUUUGUACAGAUGUUCCCACCUUGGGAUCAGCAGCACUUAAGGGAUGAAGAAAAGGAGGAAUCUUCUAAAACACAUCAGAUCCCACCUUUCCCCCUGACUGCACUUCCAACAAAUUCUGGCUCCCAAAAAACUGCUUGAGGAUUUUCCUCCUGGGAGGACAGAGUCACAAAGGACUUUUGGAGGGGAUUUUUUGCUCUGCCGUUCUAACAAAGGUGAUUUCCUUGUUUCCAUCUCUAUAUGCCACACUUGAAAGUUUCCAUUUCCCAAAAAAAAUACAGAUUUCAAGUUCAAAAUGAAACCAUUUCAAGACAUGACCUAGAAUUAGAGCAAGGACAGAAAUGCACAUAACAGGGCUUGGUGGUACAGCCAAAAAAUGACAAAAACUCUCAAUUUUUGCUAAUUCUCUUCAGUUUUCAUCAACGAGUCAGUGCACAAAUAUUCCAGGUAGUGUCAGAGGUACAAUUCCAGCUCACACAAACACUCCCUGCUCCCAUCAGAGGAUGGAUAAGCAGGGACUGUUCUCACCCUGCAACAAACCAAGCAUUGGAAACUCCACAGGAUUGAGGAAAGCUGACAGAGAACAGGAAACAAAGCAUCUCCUUCAUGUAGAAAAAAACAAAUCACUGUUUAGAAAAUUGUAUAGAAAGAGUCAGACACUGCUUUGCCAUCCAGCUAAAGCUGCAAGGAAGUUUUGGUAUAGAAAAGAGAUAAAAAAAAAGAACAAGGCUGGACUUGUGCAAGCGAGAAUUGGGAGAUUCAUGGCUCAGGUUUGUCAAUGUAAACCCAAAAAUGGAUGAGCUGUGAAAGACAACAACGUUCAGGAGUGGUCACUGAUGGCCCUGGGUUGGCACUUCAGUCUGCAGACCAAACUCACCCGAUGUCUGCACGGAUUUUGGUACCAAAAUAGCUCUAUAAAAAGCCUCCGCCCGAUCUCGAAAGAAAGAGAAGCAGAAAAAGGUAGAAAACUAGAACUAUGUACAGAUUCUUGCCAUUGGUUUGCUUGAUCUGGGUUUAAAAAAGCAGCUUUUGGAGCCAAUGUUCCAGACUAGAGUAAGAACCUGCCCUGGGGAGGCGGCCAAGGAGCAGCCCUGCAGUUGUGGCUCCCCUAAGGAGGAGCUCAAAGGCAUCAGAGACGGAAAUUUGGGCUCCAGAGACAAAUCCCAGGGGUUCCCCAGAGCUCUGGGAGCCUGCCAGGGAGCAGCUCUGCCAAACAAGAGGACAAGACAGAACCCAAGCCUUGGAUCUUCUAGGAAGGGAAGAACGGGAAUAUGGGGGUGGAUCCCAAACAAACCAAC